GUGUGUAGUACCUCUUAUGUGUUAGAUUGAGUGUAUUUUAUCGUUUGUAAUCUUUUAUAUUUUACUGUGAAAGGCAUGCAUGUGGUUAAUAAUAGAUAUUCAAUUCAAUAGGUUGGAAAUUAAUAUGAAAGUUCAACUCAAUUAUGCUACAACCUUUGCCAGUUAUGCUACAGAGUUUAAAUAACAUUUAACUUUUAUAACGGCUUAUCCAAAUUUUACUCUUAGUUGCUUCAAUUUUAUUUAUUUUGAAAGGGUGCUUCAACUUCAAUUACAGUUUAAUACAAUUUUAUUAUCACUAAAUAGUAUUAAAUAAUAAUCACUUGGCCUUCCAUGUAGCUACUUUAAAACUGGUUGAGUAUGCAAGAAAGAAUAGAACAAGGCACAAGAAAUGAUGAUAGUAUCCCCUGCAGUCACGAGCUGCUACAAAACAAACAUUCCAAUCUUGCUUUCUGAGUUCUGUCAACUCUUCUGGACUACAGCCACAUAGUCCUCUCCUCUCUUUCACUCACUGUCUCUCUUCCUUUCUUCCUCCUUUUAAUCAGAGUCUAUAAUCAAAACCACUCUUUUUAAAACUUACAUUAAUUUCACAAAAAAUGACUCUAACUCAGUCACUCAGCUAUGCUUUCCUCUUCUUUUCUUGCAUCAACUUCCUUUCUGUUCCUGUCAGUGCCCUGAAUAUAGGAGUUGAAACCACUGGAUUAACUGUUUCUGUGAGCAAAGAGUGCAGCAGCAAAUGUGAGUCAAGAUUCUGUUCAGUGCCUCCAUUGUUGAGAUAUGGCAAGUACUGUGGGCUUCUGUAUAGUGGGUGCCCUGGAGAGACUCCUUGUGAUGGCCUUGAUGCAUGUUGCAUGAAUCAUGAUCGCUGUGUGCAAAUAAAAAACAAUGACUACCUAAGCCAAGAGUGUAGCCAAACAUUCAUAGAGUGCAUGAAUAAGUUUAAGAAUUCAGGAGCACCUACCUUCAAGGGAAACAUGUGUCAAGUGGAUGAUGUUAUUGAAGUCAUCAACCUUGUGAUGGAAGCUGCAUUGCUGGCUGGAAGUGUUUUGCACAAGCCCUAGAGUAACUAAAGUUACCUUCCUUAUGUAGGAGUAUGUAAGCAGGGACAAGUUGGUUUCAUUUUGCAUGCAGCUUCCAAGUAAUAAACACUGGAAUUAAGCAGGUUGUGACUUCUGAGGAAGCAGAAUUCACCAAGUGUUGGAUUGUUCACCCACCAGUAGGGAACGUGAGCUGGGUUUAGACCAUAUGCAUGAAAAUUUAAUUUGAUUUUAGAAUUAAGAAGAACAAAAACUGGCAAUCCUUCUUCUGUUUCUACAGUCAAGCAGCUGUUUUGUGUGGAAAUUUUUUUCUAGGAAUUAAAACAAAGCAGAAUCACUAUGGUGUGUACCGCAAAUGAUUGAGUGUUAAAAAUUGUGAUUAUAUAUUUAAAAAAUCUUAAUACCGUUGCUUAGGUUGAAAUGAACGCAUUUUUAAUACUAAGUAGCUAGUAAGAAAAAUUAAGUGUGUAUUUGAAUACCAGCUGAGUGCAAUAUGCACUGUAAUGUGAAUAAAUGUUCAUAAUAACUAAAAGAGUUUCAUUAUUUUUUCGGCUGGAAGUAUGU